UGGCUCUAUAUUUAUGGAUGAUGCUCGGUCAGGUGACAAAAUCGAGGCAUAUUUAGUCCUGCGCUGGUUCUGAGCCCCGUCACUCUGCCUGACGUUUCCGAAUCUGAAUCACGCCUGGCGUUUACUAGAUGAUGAUGAAGUUGUUUGUUGCCCUUCUCCUUGUGCCCUUGGUGGCUGCCUUCCCGUCUGAGGAUUUCUUCCCCAAUCCGCAGGCGGAGCCUACACCCGGUAAACACUGGGGUUUGCUGGUGGCCGGCUCCAACACCUGGGACAACUACCGCCAUCAGGCUGACAUUUGUCAUGCUUACCAGAUCCUGCACAAGAAUGGCAUACCGGACGAGAACAUUGUGGUCAUGAUGUAUGAUGACAUAGCUUACAAUUCAAUGAAUCCCACUAAAGGAAUAAUUAUCAAUCGCCCGAAUGGACCGGACGUGUACCACGGAGUCUUGAAAGAUUACACGAAGACGGAGGUGAACCCCAAGAACUUCUUGCAUAUUCUUAGCGGCAACAAGACGGCGAUGAAGGGAAUUGGUAGCGGCAAAGUCAUUGCCAGCGGUCCAGAUGAUCACGUCUUCGUGUACUUUGCCGACCAUGGAGCCACCAACCUCAUCGCUUUCCAGGAUGACUACCUUUACGCGAAACAGCUGAUCGCAACCCUCAAGAAGAUGCACACCGAGAACAAAUAUCAGAAGUUGGUGUUCUACCUGGAAGCCUGCGAGUCUGGUUCCAUGUUUCUGAAGCUUCCUAAGGACAUUAACAUUUAUGCCACCACGGCUUCGGGACCGGAUACCUCAUCCUAUGCCUGCUAUUUUGACGGGAAGUUGGGAACCUACCUGGGCGAUGUGUACAGUGUGAAGUGGAUGGAAGACUCAGACAAGGAAGAUCUUACCAAGGAGACUCUGGAGGCACAGUUCAAAAUCGUCAAGAGGGAGACCAACACCAGCGUUGUCCAUCAGUACGGAGAUCUCAAGCUCGACCAGGAAACACUGAUCAACUACCAGGGCAAUGGCGGGCAAGGCUCGGUUCCCGGGAAGCCCUUCCCUCCAUCACCGUUGAAUGCCAUCAACAGCCGCGAUGUGCCCCUGGAUCUUCUGUUUCGACGCUAUGAAUGUGAGACUGAUCCCGUGCAGAAGAGAAAAUUAAUGACGGAAGUGGCGAAUAUGGCAGACAAACAAAGCGUUGUGCACGAAAUUUUGUACAACCUCGCCUACCAAAUGACGGAUGGAGACGCGACCAUGACUGACAUGGUGCUGAACACUAGAGGGCGUGGUGUCGUGAAUUGGGACUGUUUCACAGCCUCGCUGCAAACCUUCAGCGAUGAGUGCUUCUCAAUGACUGAGCUUCCCUAUGCUUAUGGGCAAAUGCAUGUGCUUGCUAACCUCUGUGACCUGACCAACUGCAAAACUACUGAAAUCACUUUGGCCCUCAAAGUUGCUUGCCCUUAGAGGAAAGCUUAGCAGAAACGGAGAGCAGCAUAUAGGCGGACUGUAUAAUUAAUUAAAGCAACCCUCAGUUUCCUUGAACUGUUUUAAUUGGUUAUUUUUUAAUUCUAAGAUGUAAAGUUUCCAAUCGUCUUUUCUUAAAUCCCAAAUUAAUGAUGACACAAAACGUUUUACGUAUUGAAAUUAAUUAUGCUUACGGGUAUCAAUUGCUUUUCAUUACGUAUCUUACAUGCAGUGAUGCCUUCUAAUACUAAAUGAGAAUUAGUUUUCAAAAUCUGUAGUGAAAUAUUUUGAAUAUGAACUUUUCUUAUGUUAAUUAGUUCAACAGUUAAUGCAUUCAUUUCGCUUGCAGGGAAUUUGAAUAUAUUGCCUCAUUUUUAUGGGCGAGUUUACGCGCAACGUUUUAUCAACAGCAGCUUUGUUUGUUUUAUUUUGUUGCUUUUUUCUUUUUAGAUUGAUACAUUUUUGAAAAUAGUUUUUAAUUGGCUUAUAAUUAUGGUUAAAAAAGUGUACUUUUUUAAAAUUAAUAUGCGGAUGAAAUAGGUUGAGAUAUUAAACAAGCUGUGAACAUGACACGAACAUCAUUGUUUUCGUGUCACUGUACAUGGACACAAAACAGAACCCAUAACGAAAGGACGAAUGAGGCAAAUAUCAAAUUUAAUAAAACGAAAUAAAAUUAGAUCCUCUAAAUUCUCUAAA